AUGAAAUUUAUCAAGAGAAAAUCUCAGCGCGAUGAUAUCCCUCAAUAUGCUGAGCCGAAGCCUGUAGCGAGCGUCGCUCCCCCGCCAGUGGCCAAGGACCUCCCUCCGACGCCGUUAUAUGCUCGCUAUGCGCGCAUGACAUCAAGCCCGAGUUUUGAAUCUCUCAACAACGGUCUCGACAGCCCCUCCGCUUCCCGCUUUUCCGCCUUUAACGCAAGUACUGCGAGCGGAUUCGGCAACGGCACGCCCAGUCUCAGCAGCCAUGGUGGGGAUGCCGCUGCUGCUGGGUCUCACGGACGAGCAGCUGGAUCGUCUCUCCUCAGUGCUGGCAAAGCUACCCCGAGCGAUCCUCCAGCAGCACCCGCCAAACCAGAGCCCAUCAAACUCAAGCCUAGACGCGUUCGAACAACGACAGACGAACCAAAUAGACCAGUUUCCAUGUAUACGGAGAAAGCAAAGGUGACUACGAGCUCCGGCGUGGUCAACGGCGAGAGUGCAGAGACCAAUGGAUUGCUGUCGGCCGCAAACGGGAGCGCAAUCAAUAGUACGUCUUGGGAAAAUGCAUUCUUGGGAGAUGAUUGCUCAAGUACAACCCUUUCUUCAGAUGCCAAUCAGUCCAAGCCACAGGCCGGCGUCAUGUCAUCCCAAAACCGUUUCUCAUCCCCUCCUCCGGCGUCAAGCCACGAGCGAUCCUCGCACGACGGGGCAACCUCUCGCCUUGUAAACCAUGCCCAUACAGGGUCUGGUACUGCUACCGCACAUGCGACACGAAGGUCGACAGCCCCGACUCCACAAAACGAGACAAACUCAAUCUUCGACACGAAACCGACAGUCCUUCAAAAGUCCAUUCUUGCUCAAGAUGACGAUCCGACUGACGUCUCAAAAUUGUACAAUUCCGCCAUUCGCGCAACGGAGCCACCAUCGAGCACAAGCUCGCCAUCGGCUCCAUUCAGGCCGAAAGAGGGACCCCCUAUCGCGCUGCUUGCGCGGAUUGCUCGCGAAAAGGAAGCCGCGGCUGCAAAAGCCAAGCCGCGUCGUCUCAUACGUCCAAUUUGGACGGAGACAUUCUUGUCAAACCUCCAAGUCGACGCGAAGAACGUCGCCUCGGAGCCUGUUAACCCCCCAAUUCCUUCAGCGCGCUCGCCUAGUCCGACAAAAGCCACCAUCGUGACAGGCGUCGAGAAUCAAAACAGCACGCCGCUCGAGUCGAAACGGAGAUCUGCCAUUCCACCGUCUCAAGGUCUCAAGCCAUCCAACCUCUCGGGUGUCGGGACGGCCGCUCGCACUUCCCAGCCAUCGAACAUGGCAUCUGCGGCUCCCUCGAGUGCUCUCGCGGAUGGCGGUCUGACCGCAUCGCCAGUCUUGAAGCCUGUUAAAUCUUCGGAACAUUUGGUACCCUCUCCACUCCCAAUCGAUCCCAACUAUCCCAACAAAAUCCCUGAGAAGACUCCCCUUGUGCGUCCCGCACCCAAAUCGACUACUACAUCAUCAUCAUCUUUACUCUCAGGCGACUCCAUGUCUGCUACUGCUCCUACCUCUGCGGCAUCCUCGGUAGCUACUGUCCGCCAGAGUCGCAUUCAACAAUCAGAACAAGAAAAGCCGGCGCCAGCACCUGUGGAAAUGUCCAAGGUUGCCGAAGCACGUCGCGCUUUGGAGCAAGCAGCUAAGAGCGGCUCUAAUGGUUCAUCCAAGAUUCCAGAGCCAGCCAGCAAUCGCAGCUUCCCUUCGACGAAUAUUCCGUCUCGCCAAAGUUCUAUUGCAUCUGCAGCGAGUUCGUCGACGCCAAGCGCUACCUCACGUUCCACUGCAACGUCGCCAAGUGGCAUCGCCACGCCAGACGACAUGCCUACACGACGCCUUCCAGAGGCGCAGAUUGUUAGCAAGGUGACUCUCACAAAAAGUGGGUCCAAGAUCAACAACGUCACCUAUACACGAGAACCAGAGGCCGUGCAACAACCUGCCCCGUCUCCCAGGAAAUCAAAGACGGCUCCGCAAGAGACACCAGCCCCACUGACUUUCCCUACACAGGAGGAGAGGAGACGCAGUGGCGAGGGCAAGCGAGCUCGUUCUGGGUCUGGACAUCGUCGUCGCGAGAAAGAAUCGCGAUCAUCUCACGAGAGCCAUAAUGCUGCUCCGGAAGAGCCCCCUGUCCCGCCUUCACCCGUACCCCCAUCUCCAGUCUCUCGAAAGGAGCGCUCUCCGGAGCAUCAUCGUGUGAAUGGACACCGCGAGAUGCGAGACUCGUAUCAAGCCCAAGUCCAACCAGAGUAUCAACGCCCCCAGUACAAUGGCGACUCUACUCCCGUGCUUCGUGCUCGUUCACCAGCGAUGCAGCCUUAUGAGCCACAAUACGCGCCACAACGUCAGUCUCAGUAUGUCGAGGAGCAAGAUCAGGAGCCAGAAGAGGAAAAGUUUUACCCCAUCGAGAUGCAUUUGAGCUAUCCUGUCCUAUUGGCGGCAACGCUUCCCUAUCUGCAGUUCCCUGAUACUCUCUCGCUCUCAAGCUCAUCAAAGGUCAUUCGAAAUAUGCUCGAGGACCGCCGCGAGCUGCGUGAGGAAAUCUUGGAACGGUAUCUUGGAACUGUUGGAUACACGCGGUGGGACUUUGGCAAGAAGAAAGAGCCCAUGGACCUCAACUCUUAUCUUCGAGGGGUCUCGAUCCCCAUUCAUCGAUAUGCUGAAAUCUCUGAAGGUCAGACAUUCUCAGCAAAGGAGGGGAAAAGCAGGAUUGUGCGCCUCCUCGCAUCAUCCACGCGUGCCUACACCAAGGUAGUGCUCCGAUUGAGAGCUCAAGCAGAGGCAGAUGCGCUUCUCAACCAAACGUCGCCUGAUGGAGCCCCUGCGAUUCUCGAGCGGUCGCGGCCCAAUUCUCCGCUCAUCCGAGCGCAAAGCCCACCGACGACGGGUGGGACGUGGAAAAAGACGUUCCACUCUCCUCUUUAUCGCAUUGGUCAUGCACCCGUGCUGCGUGUAUUUGUGCCAAGUCCAGAGGGACCUUGGCUCAGCGAUGCUAGCGUUCUCGCUUGUGAAAAAGAGCUGAAGCGUGCUGGUGUCGUUCAUUUGCUGAAGAUUGGAGAUGUCAUCUGGGACACCGCGGUGUCAGAUGAAGCGGGUUUCGGCAAUGCUGGGCGCCUGAUCUGGGAUGGCAAUUAUCUUAUUGACCUGGAUUACACCUUUAGUACGACUGGUGACGUCCCACCAUAUCUUCACAGUCUGUCGUUUCCUCCUGCAUACUUCCACAAGGUGCUGCGCUCUUCCGGAAACCCAAUCGUACAGCUUGAUCUUCGUCCAUGGGGGAAAGACAUUGCGUCCAAUCUUCAGCUCGUUCAAGACAGAGGCUCAGCCGAAACACCUCAAGGCGGACGGCACGCUGUUAUGCGGUGGACGCACCGAACACGCUUCCAAGUCACGCGUGGUACUCCUAUUCCGGAUACCAACCUUGUGGUCGAUGCGGGGUGGGAAGGCGCAUUGGUCAUCGAAGCCGAAGGUACGAACGAGGGCCUGGCCGAUCUUCAGCUCCGAUGCGGUAUGGAGUGGUUCAAGCCUCAGCCUGGAGUACAGCCAAAGCAAGGGGAUGGAGGUCGCGUGUUUAGACUUUUGCGCGAAAGAAGUCGCCCCGGCGAGAUUUGGCUGCGUACAGUUCGUAUGAAGGAACGAAUCUCGUGA